CACACUGCUCACUUCAAUUGGUUGCCGGCAAAACAUUCAAGAUUCACAUCGAAAACACGCGCCUCUCCUACAAGAAGUCUGGGUGCUGGCUGUUUUUAAAACCUAAAACCAAGAGAAACCAGUGAAACGUUCGCCAAAAUCUGGAUAAAAGUCUUAAAAGUUAAAUGCAACCGUACGAAUUUUAAUGAGAUCAUAGUCUACACCAACCAUGUUUUCGUCUUUAAACCAAACGGGAAUGAUGUCGGCACCUCUGGUGACGCAGGACCUGCUUUCCACAGCAGGCAACACGGUUGAGCGUAUGCUUGCCGCCGACAGCACCUUUCCUUCACUUCUUGAAGCCACGAAAGUCUCCCAGCAUUGUCUUCACACGGCCAGUGGACUCAGUGACAUCGACUCUUACGUUUCGUUUGACUCUUUCCUCCAUGGAGCAAAUGCAAAACAUAUUGUAAGCAUAGGACAAGUUCCUUUACCUCGAGAAAUCAGCCAGCACAUCAGAGCUUCUCACUACCACAGCAAACAAGGCCUCUUCCCAGAAAUUCACAGAGCUUGGAUGACCAUCGAUAGCGACUUAUACCUUUGGUCUUACGAUCAGGGAAUUGACACUGCCUACUUCGACCGUUUGACAGAAACCAUCACUGGUGUGGCGUUAGUGAAACCACGUCAGGGAGUCUUUCAACCCUACGUUCGUCGCCUGCUGGUUGUGGUCACCUGUUUGGAAGUGGUCAUCCUUGGCGUGACUUUCAGCGCUGGGCCAGCUGGCUCGGAGCUCCUCAACCUCAUUCCAGACUCGGUAUUCCAGUUGCCGUUGGAUAACGUUUGUGUCACGACCACUGUCGGAACUAACGACGGCAGAAUUUUCCAAGGUGGAGAUGAGGGCUCCCUCUUCGAAAUCGUGUAUAAGGGCAACGAUGGCUGGUUCGGCAAAAGCUGCAAAAGGAUUAAUCAUUCCCAUGGGCUGCUGUCCCUGCUGGUGCCGUCUUUUGUUAACUUUUCCGAGAAGGAAAGUAUUACACAGAUUGCUGUCGAUGAUUCUCGAGGACUUCUCUACGCACUCACGUCUAAAGGCACCAUUAGGGCAUAUUUACUCGGAGCUGAGCCUGGAAAUGCAUCUCUGCUGGCCUCUCUUUCAGAGAGUACCUUGGUUCAACAAGCAGUCAGCAUAGUUCGCACAUUGGAUGGAAGCGUUUUCAAACCAGUGGUGAGUCUGCAGGCGCUGGAAGUGACCGACUCGUCGCACUUCCACGUUGUGGGUGUGACCUCGUCGGGCGUGCGUCUCUACCUGACGACACUUGUUCCCGCAUCGCUUGUGGCAGCCUCCGCGGGCGGCCAGUGGCUCGGAAGUGGGCGGCCGCAGGGUCUGCACCUGGUGCACGUGCGGAUGCCGCCUGGCUACACCGCCGGGGCGACGCAGGCGUCGCCGCAGCACGUGUGCCGCGCCCUGUGCCGCAGGGGCACAUCGCUGAUGGUGCAGCAGAGGGCGGAGCAGGCCAGCGUAAUCGCCUGCCUCAGCCGGGACCUGCUGCCCUCAGCCUCGCACCUCGCUGAAACGGAGGCUCGUCUGCAGCUGGACGAUAGCGUUGACGAGAUUGUCGAGCUGCCCCCGUCGAUCCCUGGCACUUCUCGCGAGCCCCUCGUUGUCACUCAACAUAUGGAGUUACAGACAAAAUAUGCAGUGUUGAGCAAGCAAGGCGUCACACUCCUGGCCAAGCAGCGUCCUUCAGAUGUGUUAAAGUCUAUUCUGCUGGGCAGUGGCCCAGAAAGCCCAGCGACGAGGGGAUUUUUCGCUUUCCUUGGCGAGGAGCAGGCGUGUGCCACAGCCCUAGUUCUCGCCUGUUUCGACCCUAACAGCAGUGUCGUGGAGGCCGCUACGAGAGCUUACCUGUUGAUGGGUGCUGAAAGGCGACAGGCUCCUGUCAGUGCUCCAGCCACGCCUCUGAUGUUCAACCCUAGCAACGUGUCCACGCCUCUCAGAGCGCCCACGCAGGCAUCAGUAUCAAACAUGGGAAUUUCUGCUCGGCACGAAGGCCUCUACAUCUUGGUGUCGCGAAUUUUACGUCCCCUGUGGAGUAUGGCCACAUGCAAGCAGGUGCAGACCGACAACAAGCGCCUCGUACUCACCAGCAACUGCGAUUCUGAGCUGGUGGCUGCAGUUUGCACCUACCUGGAAGCUGUGGCCGCCUUCCUCCGCCGCAACCUCCAUUUGAUGGUGCGCAACAAUCAAAACGAAACGUUUGCCGACAAUGAAGAGAAAAAGUCGCUUGAGGCGCUCAAACAACUUGUCUUCCAAUCUCUUGAGGUGCUUGGUCUCUGGCGUAUUGUGUGUGAGCAUCAGCUGCAUGUCCUCGCACCGCAACUGUCCGCGGACCUGCAGACUCAGUUGACCAAGACAACGUUCAAGGAGCUGCUGAUGUGCGGGCAAGACGUUUGCGGCGGUCUGCUGGUCGGCCUUAUUGGUCUCUACCUUGGUGACAACGCCUCCAUCGACGCGAUCAGCGCAAAGCUGCGUACCACUUGUCCCUCACUGUUCCGCUCGGAGGACGCAGCCUCAGCCAAGGCUAAGCAGUUGUUGCAGCAGGCUCAGCAGGAGGAGGAUCCGUCGACCAAGAAUGGCUUGCUUGUAACCAGUCUACGCUUGUUGCAAGAGGCCGCACCGCACGUCGACCUCUCUGCUGUUUGUCAACAACUGCUUGCACUCAAAUCAUUUGAUGGUAUUGUGCGUGUCUGCACGGCCUGUGCCAAAGCUGUGGAUCCCUAUGAUUUUGGACUCAAGCACUACACGAAUGAACUUCCAGCAGAAGAGACUGUGGGCGCGGAAUGCCUGCGGCGGAGAAUGGAAACGUACAGUGAGGCGGUGAACGCGUUGGACAAGCUGUACAGCCAGUCUGAAGGCCACAUCAACGGAAGAAUCCUCCUACAGAGCUGCCUGCGACAGUCAGACCCAUUGCUGCGCGAAGCCGUUUACGAGUGGCUUCUGUGCAAAGGAUUGAUCCAAACUGAACUGCUGCAAAGAAACGAUCCCGCGCCUGAAGGACUGGAAGUGUUCCUCCAAAGACUCCAAAUUAAAUCCAGAGCUGAGGGAAGCGACGAAAGGAAAGUGUCCGAGCUGCUGUGGGCACUUUAUGAAAAGACUGGCCGCCAUGCCAUGGCCGCCAGCGUCCUCCACAAGGCGGCCGUCACGCCAGAGCCCCUCGUGCCGCUGUCUGAACGCAUUUACUGCCUGUCCAGGGCGCUGCUUAGUCUUCGCUCUUCAGGAGCUGGCUACAACCAGUCCACAGGACUCUUUAGCAAGGAGCUGGAAGACCAACUAGAUGUGGCGAAACUGCAAUUGAAGGUUCUUGAGGAAGUGCAAAAGAUGGACCACAACCUGAGCCCUGCACUUCUUGAACGGCUGAACAAAACUCUCCUCUCCAUCACAGACUUAUUCCAACUUUAUGCCGUUCCCCUCCAGCUGUGGGAGAGCCAGCUUGCCAUCCUUCAGUGCUCCAACCACGAGGAUGCUAAUCUUGUUAAUGACAUUUGGCACCAAUUGAUUUGCAACACUCGACCAUUAGAGGCACUAAUUUCGAGGGUGGAAUCAGUGGGCAAGCUGCUACAAGGCCACCUUUUCCCGCUGGAGCUGCUUGCCAAGGAGCUGGAGGCUGUUGCUUGCCAGGAGGGUGCACCCGCAGGCACAGUGGCCAAGUCGCUGGUGAAGGUGGCCGGACUGGAAAGUGUCAUGAGCUCCUACGAACGUCUUCUGCGCCAGCCAGAGUGGGCCUGGGGCCCAGCGGGAGACGAGCAUUACAUCAUGCGCUCGGCGGCUGAGCUGCUCGGCGAGGCGGCCAACAUGCCGGCCAUCCAGAGACGCAAGGAGGUUGUUGUUCUGGCCAUCGACGUAGCAACCUCAUGCCUCAGCCAGUUGUACACUAAGACGUGCGUUGAGGAGCUUAUUGGACAGUUCAGGAGGGUGCAGUCCAUUUUCAAGACUAUGCAAUAACUAUGAUGCAAAAUACUUGAGGAGUUCCCAGCGGGAGAGUGCUCUCAAGAGUUAUUUUAUUACAAUGCCAGGCGUGUUUAUGUACAAAUUCGAUGCUGUUGUGUCUUUACUUCUUGAAAUAAUGGAUGAAUUCUCCCAGAUGAAA